GAGAGAGAGAGAAGAAUGGAGAUGACACUGACGAGAAGCCUCCGCCACCACCACCACCACCACCACCUCUCUCCUCCGCUCCCCAGAACCCUACGCCCCAAGACCCCCAACACCCUCUCCCUCCGGACCCCACGCCUCGCCGUCGCCGGUUCCUCCUCCUCCGCGUCCGCCGCCGCCUCCGCCGUCGCCGCCUCGCCCCCGGGCCAGUUCCGGGUCGACGUGCUCUCGGAGUCCCUCCCCUUCAUCCAGAAGUUCCGGGGCAAGACCAUCGUCGUCAAGUACGGCGGCGCCGCCAUGAAGUCGGAGGCCCUCCGCGCCUCCGUCGUGAACGACCUCGUCCUCCUCGCCUGCGUCGGCCUCCGCCCCGUCCUCGUCCACGGGGGCGGCCCCGAGAUCAACUCCUGGCUCGCCCGCCUCGGCAUCGAGCCCGUCUUCCGCGACGGCCUCCGCGUCACCGACGCCUCCACCAUGGAGAUCGUCUCCAUGGUCCUCGUCGGGAAGGUGAACAAGCACCUCGUCUCGCUCAUCAACAGGGCGGGGGCCACCGCCGUCGGGCUCUCGGGCAUGGACGGGUGCCUCCUCACCGCCCGCCCGGCCCCGAACGCUGCCCAAUUGGGGUUCGUCGGGGAGGUGGCCUCCGUCGACCCCACCGUGCUACGACCCCUUACGGACAGUGGCCACAUUCCCGUGAUUGCAUCCGUGGCGGCCGACAAGGACGGGCAGUCGUAUAACAUCAAUGCCGACACGGUGGCAGGUGAGCUGGCGGCUGCAUUGGGUGCAGAGAAGCUGAUUUUGUUGACAGAUGUCGCGGGGAUUCUUCGGGACCGGAACGAUCCCGGUAGCUUGGUGAAGGAGAUUGAUAUAAAGGGGGUGAGGAAGAUGAUAGAGAACGGGUUGGUUGCGGGAGGGAUGAUUCCGAAGGUCAAUUGCUGCGUGAGGUCGUUGGCGCAGGGCGUGAGGACGACGAGUAUAAUCGAUGGAAGGGUCCCGCAUUCGUUGCUCCUCGAGAUCAUGACGGAUGUAGGAGCUGGAACCAUGAUCACCGGCUAAAAGACGUGACGAUGACGGUUAUCUUCAGGCUCGGAUGAAUUGCAAUUGAGUUCAUUUUUGUGGCACUGAUGUGAUUUUAGAACCUUCAUGAUUCCAGCCAUUUGCAAAGUAGGAAGCUUUUCCAACGAGAUAAGUUAUGCACACUAGAACAUAUAUGGCUUGUAAGGGAGUGAUAAUGCAAUUUAUGCUUGAAAGCUUUUUGAAUCAUAAGCCAGAGAAUGAAAAUCUCUGCUUGUUGUUGGAUGACUGUUAAUUAUGGGAGGCAAAUCAAUUCGAAUGAUUUUCAUGGAUCUUUUUCUCUAGAGUCGGUUAAUAAGCUAAGGAGCAAUCUUAGACCGCAUCUUGUUAGCAUUAAUUGUCAUAGAAGAAAGCUUAAAUGCUUUAUGCUUCUA